AUUGGUCGCGGCGGGGAAGCGGGGGAGGAGGCCCGGCGGCGAGCUGGCUUCCUUCUGGCCACUCUCCGGGGUGAGGGGAAGCGGAGCAGCCCGGGAGGAAGCGGAGAGGCGAGCGGGCUGCGGCGGCGGUGGCUCCCGUCGGCCGCCGGCAGGACUGACCGCGGGACAGCUGGAAGGCGGGCGGGAGGCCGGAACUUACUUCAUGAAAAGUGCCAUAGUCGGAAAAAUCAAACAUGAGAGUAGCAGGAGCUGCAAAGUUGGUGGUAGCUGUGGCAGUAUUUUUACUGACAUUUUAUGUUAUAUCUCAAGUAUUUGAAAUAAAAAUGGAUGCAAGUUUAGGAAAUCUAUUUGCAAGGUCAGCAUUGGACACAGCUGCACGACCUACUAAGCCUCCCAGAUAUAAAUGUGGAAUUUCAAAAGCUUGCCCUGAGAAGCAUUUUGCUUUUAAAAUGGCAAGUGGAGCAGCCAAUGUGGUGGGACCCAAAAUCUGCUUGGAAGACAACAUUUUAAUGAGUGGUGUUAAGAAUAACGUUGGAAGAGGGAUCAAUGUGGCCUUGGUGAAUGGAAAAACAGGAGAAGUAUUAGACACUAAAUAUUUUGACAUGUGGGGAGGAGAUGUGGCCCCUUUUAUUGAGUUUCUGAAGUCCAUACAAGAUGGAACAAUCGUCCUAAUGGGGACAUACGAUGAUGGAGCGACCAAGCUCAAUGAUGAAGCACGACGACUCAUUGCUGAGUUGGGGAGCACGUCUAUAACUAGUCUUGGUUUUAGAGACAACUGGGUCUUCUGUGGUGGGAAAGGCAUUAAGACAAAAAGCCCUUUUGAACAGUAUAUAAAAAACAAUAAGGACACAAACAAAUAUGAAGGAUGGCCUGAGGUGGUAGAAAUGGAAGGAUGUAUCCCCCAGAAGCAAGACUAAUGUGGAGAAAAUUGAAGAAAGCGCACUUUCACUAUCGGUGGGAGAACUAUCACAGAGAAGUGGGGUGUAAAUAUUUUAAGAGCAUGCAGCCAUCUCAGUGUGUGCAUGCAUGUUAUCUCUUGGUAUCAGGAUUAUUUAUUGCUAACGUAAAUAGUUAUCUUUGUAAAUAAUUACAAUGAGCAAAUCGCUGGACCAUUUCUAAGCACAUUUCCCUUAACAGUACAAAGUUUAGACUGCUCUGGUAAUGUUGUCUUGUAAGAUUCUAAAAGUAUACUCAGUAAAUGACGGAAAAGAUUGUGAAAAUGUAUUGAGGUGUAUAUAUAUAUAUAUACAUAUAUAUAUAUACACAUAUAUACACAUACAUAUACACACAUACAACAUAUAUAUACACAUAUAUAUAUACACACACAUACAUAUAUACACACACACACACAUUUACUGAUUGCUGUGAGAAUCUGUCAUGAACUAAUAAGGGUUUUAGGGGGAGACUGUUCUGGCCUUUUGAUGAUAGUGUCUUUUAAAUUAAAAAGAUACUGGGCUAGUUGUGUGUGUAAUGUGACUUCACUGUCUUAGUCUCCCCUGCACCUCCUUUCUUAGUCUUUCUUUUCUUUGCCCAGGAAACCUAGAAAUAAAAUGAUAGGAAAACAUGUAUCAGAUAUGCAAAAGCACAACAAAAUUCUUUUUUUAAUGUACACAGGAAAAAUUAAAUAUGUAAGUACCUAUUACAAGUUAAUAUGUAACAUCAGUGUCUUUCAGGAUGACAGCUUGCCGGGUUUGCAUUAGUGUGAAUCACUUGAUUUUGUAGAAGCUAUUUAGAGUGAGGCUAGAGACUCCACAGAACUGGGGAGCUAGGCUGAGCUCUUCUGUAUCGGCCAUCCAGGAAGCCUGUCGGAGACUGCAGAGCAGUGCUGACAUACUUUCCUUCCUUAAAUGUUGUCAGCAAUGACCAGUGAGUUUGGAAGGAGGCAUGCUUUAGCACCACAAUAAAUUUGAUUUGUAAAUCGAGAAAUUCUGUAUGUUUCAUUUAAUUUCAUACAAUCAACUUUUGCCUGAAGAUAAUCAUGACAUUUAGAAAAACUAAAUGUUAUUUAGUUAUUGGGUGGACUUAAGGUAUUCAAAAAUAAGUUUAAUUCACUCAAGUGACUUUAAACACAAUUCUACAUAAAACAAGAUUUAACAGUCUUGUUAACUUCAGAUAUGUACUAAAUGACUUAAUUUUUUUCAGGGCAUUAAAUUACCUAUUUUCUUAAACAUAAGUACAUUCAAUGACUUGCCAUUCACAAUAAAAGGUGGCACUUCAGUUUUGAAUCUCAAUUUUAGAUGACUUGUAUAAAGAAUCUUAAAGCAGUAUUUUUAAUUUGUGGUAAACCAAGUUGGAAGCUAUUCAACUGUUACUUAAAUAUUAAUGAACUUUGGGUACUAUUUCUUCUGUCAAACUGAUUGUAAUUCAUGGAUAAUGCACCUUAUACACUUCAACCAUUUUUGUAAACUUCAGAUUUGGUGCUUAUGAACUAAAUCACAUUCAGCAUAUGUAUUUUGGCAUUUAAAAUACUCCCCUCAAUUAUGUAAAUUAAAAAAAUAACUUUUACAAUACCAGGGAUUGUGAAAUGUUGCAUUUGCAAAUAAUAAUGACAAUAAAUAUUCUCAGUUUUGCUUUGGGAAUUUUUUUGUGUAUUGUAUGACGGAAAAGUACGAGAGUUUCAGUUUGAGAUUUGUCAAGCAUUUGUUGCGCUGCUUACCAUGUAAAAUUUAAGUCAUUUUUGUGGUAACUUCUUUAGGAUAUGUCUGAAAGUGUAGUGUGUAGAAUUUAAGUAUCAAGACAGCAGCACCUCCCUUUGUCAAGAUAAAGGCUGUGAAAUGAUAGCUUUGUAUGUCAAAAGGAGAGAUAAAAGUUGUUAUGUAACUGCUUUGGUACAUUUCGCUUUUGUUUCAGUUCUGUUCUAUAUAGAUUGUGCUAACUUUGGAAGCAAUAAUUUUACUAUAUUUCAUUUUCACAUAUCUUAAAAAUCAGCAUUGUCAAGGAAACAAAGCUCCUUUAAUAUUAAGAAUUUUCUUUAUUAAAAUAAAAAACUUGGGCAUUUAAUUGAUGGUUAGGGCCAUACGAAUAAGUAUUUUGAGUUUGUAGACACAGUGCUUCCCAGAGCAAGUGUACUGUGAUAUGCCUGUCAAAGUAAGCGAAGCCAGGAAAACAUGUGCAGUUUGGGCAAUUAAAGAAAAUGUGGGCUAGAGUCUUUAUAUUCCUGACUUUAAUUUGAUUAAAAUUUAUCAUUUCUGUAUUUUGCUGUAUUUGUUUGGAAAUGAAUCAACUACUAUUUUAUAAUUUUAUACCAAAUGAAGUUCAAUUCAUAUAAAAGCUUAUUUCACUUUAUACUUCAAAGUUUAUAGAAAUUAAAAUUUGACUCUCCAAAAAGGUGGUAGUUUCAAUUCAGUUUGGUUGAUAAUCCCCAUUUUAAAAGGAAAGAAUGAAAAUUGUGUUGUGUUCAGCUGUAGACCGGUUAAAACUGGAAAUGUGUUUAGAAUACCUUUUGAAAUAAAUAUGAAAGAGAAACAUUACUCACUUUAACUGGCGGGACAGUUUGCCACUUCUUCAGUUAGGCCUUGAUCACAGGUAAGUAUAUGCAAAUUCCGUGUUGUAGGAUAAACUACCAGCUUCUCACCUUUUGUAAAACACUCCUCAGAAUUCUUUUGAUGUUUCUUUCCAGGGUGAUUUAAAUCAUAAACUUGAUUUAAACUAGAGCCUCUAAUUCAUUCUCCUUAAAGCUCCCUCAAGUUAACUAGCUAGGGCUCUUUCCUAUUGCUUGUUUUCCCCAUUCCCUGUCUCUUUUCUUGAGGUUCUGGUCAAAUCAAGUCCAGCCUAAGAAACAUGCAGGCAGGCUUGAUGAGGACUGUCAGUCCCUGUUAGGCAGCAGGCAGCAAAUGGCAAAGAUUGGUGCAGGCAGCUUGGUGAAAGUCUGUGUGGGAAUCCAGGAAACCUUUGUCCAUUAGACCCUUCCUCCAGUUCAGUGAGGGGGGCAGAAAAUCAGAAACAGCCUCUGUGUGGGUGAGUCACCCCCAGGGGUUAAGAACAGCAGUGACUGGGGGUAAGGGGGAACAGUUCUGUGUCCACCAUUCUUUCAUUCUUUCAGCUUUCACAUUUUCACACAGGAACCAGAUGCCCUCACUCAUGCAAAUUAAAAAGUCAAAUGAAACUUUAGUUUGUGUUGACUUGGUUCAUAUUUAUUAUUUCUUUUACCACCUGUUGGAGAAGUUGCUUUGCUAGCAUUACCUUAGUGCAAACAACCUCUAGUGGUUUUUCUAUGGAUGUGAAUACAAACCAUUACCAAUGGUCCAUUAAAAAUAGCACCUUGGCCCUCUCUGGUGGUGCAGCGGGUUAAAGCACAGCACUGAGA